GGUCCUUCGAUGACGACGACAGGGAGAGAGGGAGUCUCCACGAUUCCCGGCGGUGACAUCUCCUUUCAUCUUUUAACCAAACGACCGGUUUCUUCCAUUCCUCUCUAACUCCUUGUAGUUGCAGGAUUCAUUUCCUCAAAUUUCUCUUUCCCCCUAGAACGAUCCUUCUUUCGUUGCUUACACAUUAGAUCCUUAUCUGAGAACACUAACCCUAACCCUAAUCAGCACAGAACCUUCCUUACGUCUCUGCAUUCGACAUGGAAUUCCGGUAUCAACCAGUCGAAGACAGGCCUUCGACGUUCUUUUCUUCAACAACUACCAAUAGUUACUUCACUGAACAGGCAUUGCGCGUGGGAUUGAUCAGUGACAAUAGAAGCAAUGAAGUUGUGAGGGAUGCGGUCGGUGUUAGAGAAGCGGUUAAUAGGGAGCUGGAGAAAGAGAGGAUUAGAGCGGAGCUUAUCGCCGCAGAGGUGGCGCGUAGACGGGUUCUUGAGGUAGAGGUAAGGAUGGAAUUACAAAUGGAGCGAGAGUUAGCAGCGCUGCGUAGACGAGAAGGGGUUUCCUCUAUUCUUUCGGAUCCAAGGAUCCCGUUGAUGCAUCACCCCAACGGUGGUAGAGUUGAGGAGAGAAUGCCCUUAACGUCAUUCAGCGAAGUUGACAUGCGGUAUCCGGAAGGUAGUAGGCUGGAGGAGAGAUUGUCUUUUCCGAGCCGCCUAGAAAUUGGGAUGAUGCAUCCAGAGGGUAGUAGGGCUGAAGGUAGCAGGGUUGCUGAUAGAUUGUAUUUCCCGGGUCGCCCUCAAAUUGUCGAGGGGUUGCAAUUCCAGCGCCAUCCCGAGACAACUGAAAUUAGUAAGGGAAAAGCUGUUUUCUUGGCUAAGCCCUUGAAAACUAGUCUUGCAGGAAUGAGGAGGAAAGAAAUAGCACUGGCAGCAACAGGUGCUGGUGAGCUUUCUAUGGCAGGUUCAAAGAAGAAAUCCCAGAAAGAAUGGAGCUGUGCUAUCUGUCAAGUUAGUACAACAAGUGAACAAGAUUUAAAUGAUCACCUCCAAGGGAGAAAACACAAGGCGAUGGAAGCAGAGUUAAAAGCUAAUAAUGUAACAGGAAAGAAUACUGGCAUCUCCACUUCGUUGCCAAAGAAAAUGGUGAAGCCCACUAAGCUAUCCACUAGUAGUCGGAAAACAAAGCAAGGUAAGCAAAAAGGAGCGAGGAAGCAGCAAAAUGAGAAGAUGUUAAUGCAGAGAAAACAUAAGAUAGAGGAUUCAAAGAAGCAAAAUGGGGACGAACCAUUACUAAAGAAGCAAAAGACGGAAGAUUCUAAAAUGAAAAAUGCGGAAGCACCAGUUCCUAAAAAGCGAAAGAGAAAAGCUUCCAAGAAAAAAUUUACACUAUGGUGUGAAAUGUGCAAGGUGGGGGCAAAUAAUGAAUCUGUGAUGGCUUCUCACAGAACAGGAAAAAAGCACAUGACGCAGCUAAUGCAACUUGAGCAAAAUGUUGGGGCUGCCUCUGCAACCACCACCGCUACAAGGCCAGAGGCAACUGAAAGAAAAACCAAUGUUGAAUUGGCAACCAAAGAAACAGAGAAAACAAAGGAAAGGGUUAAUGGGAAAGAAGAGGUAGGUGGGGUGGAGGAGGCUCAUGAUGUGGAACCAGUAGAAAAUUUGACAGAAGUUGAAGCGACUGAUAGGCCACUGGGGGUUGGAACCAGCAGAGAGACCAGUUGAUGGUUCAGGGCGGUCUUCAUGAGUAAUGGAGAGGUGCAGGGAAAUUAUCAAAGAUAAUUCUUCACAUAUAACUAGACAAAAGGGACUGCUAUGGUCAGCUUGUUCAUAAUUUGACACCUCGUUUAUAGUUUCUUAUUUUAUUUCAUCCAAUAUCAUCAUCGUCGGUGCCAGCAUUGAUAUCUUUACCAUUGGAGGGCUCUGGUAGCCUCACUUCACAUCCUGAACCCGCGAUUAGCGUGGUCUGGUCUCCCAUAGUUUCUCAAUUUUCUUCCGAAUUCACAUGUGAGUGAAUUUAGGAGGUAGGAUUCCAAGGAUGCAUUUGCCUUUUUUCAUUUUUAAGGUUUGACGCGAUCAAUGCAUAAAGUUAAUCAAAAUAGGAUUCUAAGUUUGUUUUGUCUGAAGUACAAACAACAAUUCAAGUA